ACUCCAACCCACAAAUGUCAGGAGCCUUCCAACUCCAUUGGUUACAACACACGCAUUAACUGUGUGUGUUCACACUUGCCACCACCUGUCACCGCUUCACUCACGGCGGCCGGAGUCCACUCGGCCCCACCGCCACUUCCUGGACCCUUCCAGAUCCCUAUGCUGUCUUCUAUAAAUACUCACAUCUCACUUCAUUCUUCAACUUUUCUCCUCCUCACGCCGCCCCUAUCGCAGGUGUGUGAUGUAUGCAGAACCUGGAACAAUUAGGUUGUGUAAAACAUUUCAAAGUUAUUUGAUACCCUGUAGCUUGUAUGAAGAGUUGGUGCCUUUCAUGCCUGUUGAAGCUCAGUUCUGACUAAAUCUAUUACGAGAUUAAAUCUUAUAUGUUCAUGGAGCCAAAUCAAAAUGAGUUCUAUAAUCACAUCAAUGGUUUCACACCGUAUGAUGAUGAUAUCCUACCCAUAUUCGAUCAAAAUUCACUCCUUACCAACGGAUACCGAUUUAAAGACGAACAUCCCGAUCUAAGCUUCUUAGAUUCUCCUCACAGCGCACUCUAUCCUAACACUAACCCUAACCCUGGUUCUGUAAGCGUGUCCCCCGAUCUUCCGCCACAAGCGGACUCUCCUGACGACUUCAAUGAUUGUGUUUUCAACUACAUAGACCAGAUUCUUGUUGAAGAAAAUGUAGAGGGCAUCCAAAGUUUGUUUUGUGACCCGUUGGAAUUACAAGCCACCGAGAGAUCUUUGUAUGAAGCCCUCGGUCAGGAAUAUCCGUCUCCGUCUAAACCACCUCCUAUAUUGGGCCUGGGCGAAGGCCCAAACUCAAGCCCAAAUCUUGAAAACUCGGAAGACAAUCUCAUUGGUAGUUCUGGUGAUACAAACAGCAGCUCAAGUUAUAGCAAUAACACUUACCCUGAUUGGCCCGGUGGUUAUACUUUUGAUUCGUUUUCACCAGUCGCGCAAACCGGUUUUGUUGACCCCGGCCCGUUGUGGCCGUAUGACUCGACCGUUAGUGUGACGAAUGAUGAAAUGCUGAAUACGCACGUAGCCCAGAAUAUAUUCACCGAUAGUGAGUCGAUCAAGCAGUUUAAUAAAGGGAUGGAGGAAGCGAGUAAGUUUUUACCGUCUACUAAACCGCUAGUUAUCGAUUUGGAUAAAUACGAUUUGCCUCGAGAUUCGAAAUAUGACCCCCCGAUGGUUGCAGUCAAAGUCGAGAAAGAUAGUCCAUCAAAUGGGCUUACACCAUCAAACGGGCUUACACCAUCGAACGGGCUUAAACCAUCAAACGGGCUUAAACCAUCAUAUGGGCUUACACCAUCAAACGGGCUUAAACGAUCAAACGGGCUUACACCAUCAAACGGGCCUAAGGGAAGAAAACAUUAUCAACUGGAGCACAACGGUUACGAGGAAGAAAGAAGUAGCAAACAAUCUGCGGUUUUCAUAGAAGAAGACGACUUAUCUGAAAUGUUUGAUAGAGUUCUUCUCUGUUCACAUGCUGAAUCUUGUAACGAACCGUCCAGUCAAAUAGAGCACAAGUUACAGCAAAACGGAACACGCGGCUCUAACAACAACCGGAAUGCUCGAAAAAAGACCGAUGAUAAAACGGUUGAUCUUAGUACUCUGUUAGUCAACUGUGCACAGGCAGUUGCUGCUGGUGACCAGAGGACCGCAACCGAACAACUAAACCAGAUAAAACUACACGCUUCUAGUUCCGGUGAUGCUUCACAGAGGUUAGCCCAUGUUUUCGCAUCUGGUAUCGAGGCCCGCUUAGCUGGCACAGGUUCUCAGCUCUACGCAGCCAAAUGUGCUAUAAGGAUCUCGGCUGCUGAAAAGUUACAAGCGUAUCAAGUGUAUCUUUCUGCUUGCCCGUUUAAAAAAAUCGGCAUGUCGUUUGCCAACAAAACGAUAUUCGACUCCGCAUUAGCCUCGUCGAAUCCGACUAUCCAUAUAGUUGAUUUCGGUAUUGCAUAUGGGUUUCAAUGGCCCAUUUUCAUCCAGCAUCUUUCAGAAGUACCUGACGGGCCACGUAAGUUAAGGAUCACCGGAAUCGAGUACCCGCAACCCGGUUUUCGCCCAGCCGAGAGGUUACAAGAAACGGGCCGGCGUUUAGCCAAUUAUUGUGAACGGUUCAAUGUUCAAUUCGAGUACAACUCCAUUGCAAGUCAAAACUGGGAGACGGUUAAAAUCGAAGACCUAAAGCUUCAAAGAAACGAGUUUUUAGCGGUCAACUGUUUAGUCCGUUUCCAAAACUUACUUGAUGAAACAGUUUGUGAAGAAAACCCGCGAGAUAAGGUUUUAAAAUUAAUCCGUGAUAUGAAGCCCGAUGUUUUCGUUCACGCAGUUGUUAACGGAGCUUACAGUGCUCCAUUUUUUGUGACCCGUUUUAGGGAGACGCUGUUUCAUUACUCUGCUUUGUUCGACAUUUUCGAUUCCACUCUAGAGCGUGAGAACGAGCAAAGAUUGAAUUUCGAGAAGGAGUUCUUUGGGCGUGAAGCUAUGAAUGUGAUCGCGUGUGAAGGUGCUGAACGGGUCGAGAGGCCCGAAUCGUAUAAGCAAUGGCAGGUGAGAACAUCGCGGGCUGGGUUCAAGCUGAAACCGUUGGACCGGGACCUUGUUUCGAAGUUGAGAUGUAAACGGGCCGGGUAUCAUAAAGAUUUCGUGUUUGAUGAAGACGGGAAAUGGAUAUUACAAGGAUGGAAAGGACGGAUACUGUAUGCGAGUUCAUGUUGGGUACCGGCCUAGACGUUGAAACUGUAUGUUUAUUACUAGUAAUAUUGGUGUUGUUAUCUUAAGAUGUUAAUUUAAAAAAAAAAUCGAGAUGUAUAAAUAUGUGGUUACUGGUUAUUUUAAUGAUCUAGUUAAACUUGUAUUCACAUGGUAGCUAGUUUAUUUAAUAUCCAUGAUCUGUUUUGGAGAGUAA